AUGACUACUGCGGUCUGCGAAGGUCUCUGCGCCAAUUACGCGUACUACGGGACGCAGUACGGAACCGAGGCGGUCUGCUUGGAGCACUGCAGCGCCUACCCGUACUACGGAACUCAGUAUUCGACAGAGGACACUUCCUCUGACGAGAUGACCGCAGAGUACUCGAGGGAGGAAAGGCUGCGCAGUCGUCUUGAGAACACGUGA